AUGCAAAAGCGUCGUCUCUUCUCGACGGCACUGAACCGCUCUCGCUCGGUGGUGACCUCCCGCGCCGCUCUCCUUUCGCUCCGCUCCGUCUCCUCGCCCUGCUCCUAUGCCCCCAUUGCUCCUCGCCAGCAGCGGUGGUACACCACCGACGACAACAAGGAGGUCGGCAGCGAGGUCGCCACCGACUCCGUGCAGGAUGCCAUCAAGAAGGUCCGUCUGAACUUCCUGCCACCCUCUCGGCCUGAAGCAUUGACGCUAACCCGUGCCGUCCAGGUGGUCUCGGAGUACCCGUGCGUCGUCUUCAUGAAGGGCACCCCCGAUGCUCCCCAGUGCGGCUUCUCCAACGCCACCAUCAAGGCCCUCAACACCGUGGGUGCCCACUACGAGGCCUUCGAUGUCCUGCAGAGCGCUGAGCUGAGAGAUGGCAUCAAGAAGUUCACUGACUGGCCGACGAUCCCGCAGGUCUUCAUCGGUGGCGAGUUCGUAGGCGGGUGUGACAUCACCCUCCAGCACCUCCGCUCGGGCGAGCUCACCACCCUGCUCGAGAAGGCCAAGGCCCUCAAGUCCCAGCAGUGA